GAAGUAAUAUAUACUCAGACUUCUACUGGUCACUGCAGUGAUUUUGUAGCAUGCAAAGUCUGGACUUAACUCCUGUAAUGUAAUUUUGCUAAUUAGUGGUAAUAACUGUAAGUUUCCAAAGGUCUGUCAUGAUUAGGGUGACCAGAUUCAAUAGAGUGAAAUACGGGAGAGUCAGACUGUGACCCCCAGCCCACCCCACGCCACGCGCACACACCCCCCACUUACACACAACAAAGUAGGGCAAACUAUUUUACUGUACAUAAAAUUGGAGUAUCAAAUGCACAAAUACAGUGUCUUGUGUGUGUACAGUCAUUGUCUAGAGACAGCAACAAACGAGCGUUUCACUUAGAACAAGACAUUCUGCGUUUCUCUGAAAAAGGCAAAGGUGAACACUUUCCACUGUAAAACCUAUAGGCCUACUCUAUUAACAUAUUGCAUAUUUGAUCAAUUGGAUUGAAACAUCAACAAAAGACUGUUUGCACUCUGGAUAACAUGAACACAUUAACACAGUUUACGUUUCAGGUGUACAAAGCAACAACUGUAAGAACUUAAAAUAAUUAUUUCCAAUCACUUUUGUUAAUUUGAUUCGGGGAGUGUGGAGUCCGGUGGCCAGUUGUGCUUUUCGCAUGAAGCAAUCUUCCCCAGAGUACGCUUGUCUUUAAUGAGUUUGUCAUAGAAAGCUGUGCACUUUAAUCCAAAAUGUACUCGAACAAAUAGCUUCACAUUGCCUUCUUGGUUGUAACAGCCAGUUGGGCGCGCACAUGCUUGGGCUUGACAGCUUGUGAGAACUAAAAUGUGAUUGGAUCAUAUAGUUAGACUGUAUAAAAUAAAGAACUUUAAGACUGACAAGCGUGGCAAAUCAUGAUAACCUGUCACAUUCGAAUGGGCACUAGUUAGGACCUUUCAAAAAACAGGACAAAGUGAAAAUAGGGGACAAAACAUGAUUUUUAAGUCCGGACACCUGAAAACGGACUGAAAUACAAGACUGCCCCGGGAAAAACUGGAUGUCUGAUCACCCUAGUCACGAUAUGCUUUUCAAUGAAACUAUACCGUUCUUGAAAAACAUGAUGCAAAGAUCUUAAGUAAUGUCCCCGGUUGAAACAAGUGACAUAUUUAUCUGUCAAACCAGAUGGGCUCUUCACAACUAAUUCCUAGACUACUGUAGUCUAGUAUUGUACUAACAGAGAAUCAAUAUGAACUGGGACAUAGGGACUGACACACUGACAAACCCACACAAAAACAUACGUACAGACAGAAUCAGAUUUCAAAACAGAGUAUAUAUAUCACUUUACCUAUAUAUAUGUUUGUACCUGUCAGAAGACUCCUUCACACUCUCUCAGUGACAUAUCUUCACAAUCAAAAAGGGCAGUCUGAGAGGAAUGAUAGAUAUGUGUGCUUAAUGAUUCCUUUCAUGAGCCACACACCCAGUCUUUCAGGUGAGAACAGACUGCAUGUUCAUCGGAGCACUUUUCACAACCGCCAAAGAGACGAGAAGUGUACUGAAAUACAACUCAUCCAGGACAUCCAGGUCAUCCACUUUAAUCUGGAAACUACAACAGGAAAAGGAACAUUCAUUAGGUUGGAGCAAAACUACCACCAGUGAUAACUGGCAAAGAGCAGCCAUGCCCUGUCCCAGCCCUCUCACCCUGCUCAGGGACUCCUUACGCGGCCAGAGGGAGCAUGAGAAGGAUCUCCGCAUCCUGGUCUCCAACCUGCCCUAUGAGGGCCUCCCCAAGACCAAACAACCUAACCGCUACUUCCCAGGCAACGCAGUCAAGACCACCAAGUACUCGCUUUGGUUCUUUAUUCCUAUGAACCUAUAUGAGCAGUUCCACCGCUUCGCUAACCUCUACUUUGUGGGUUUGGCUGUGCUGAACUUUGUGCCUGCCGUGGAGGCCUUUCAGCCGGAGGUGGCUAUCGUUCCCAUCUGCGUCAUGUUAGCACUGACCGCCCUGAAGGAUGGCUGGGAGGACUGCAGGAGGUUUCGCUCUGAUAGGAGGAUCAAUCACACGUCGUGUCGUGUAUACAGCAGGAAGGUUUCAGGCUUUGUGGAGCGGCACUGGAAGGAUGUGAGGGUGGGAGACCUUGUUGAAGUGGCGUCUAACGAGAUCAUCCCUGCUGACCUUUUGCUCCUCCACACCUCUGACCUUAACGGGGUGUGUCAUAUCGAAACAGCCAGCCUGGAUGGAGAAACCAACCUGAAACGGAGACUCGUGGUCCCAGGACUAAACACACAGGAUUCUUCGUUUGAGCCACAAAACUUCCAUUGCACUGUAGCCGUUGAAAAACCGAACGACAACCUUAAUCAAUUCAAAGGUUACAUAGAGACGUCUGAUAUGAAGAGGUUGGGGUUUGGGAUUGACAGUCUGCUGCCUAGGGGCUGUACUGUCAGGAACACUGACCUUGCAACUGGGUUUGUCGUAUAUACAGGUCAUUACGUCUGGCUGGAGUCGUUACCCAGCGUGCCUCUCUUCCUGACUCCAGGAAGCCAUGGUCACAUGGACUCUAACCCGCUCUCUGGCCUCUACAUGUUCUUCACUAUGAUCAUCCUUCUGCAGAUCUUCAUCCCCAUCUCUCUGUAUGUGUCAAUUGAGAUGGUCAAGAUGGGUCAGAUCUUCUUCAUCACUAACGACGUGGACCUGUAUGAAGAGAAGACAGACAGCAGGGUCCAGUGUCGAGCCCUGAACAUCCCUGAAGACCUGGGCAAUAUUCACUACGUUUUCUCUGACAAGACAGGAACGCUCACCGAGAACAAAAUGGUGUUUCGACGAUGCAGUGUCACAGGGACCGAGUACUCACAUAACGAGAAUGCCAUCCGUCUGGCUGUCCUUGGGGGGACAGAUGAAACGGAGGAAGAUGUCAUCUUCCACCAGAGUCCAGUACCUUCACGGACAGGAUGGACCCUGGAGGAUGACCAGGAACCCGAAGCGGUACAGCAAAGCCAGGAAGGCCAACAACCUCACAGUGGGGGCGGCCAUCACAGGAACAAGGAAACAGGAAAUGCCCAGGGGAAGGCAGCUUUCAGCAGUCCACUGGAAACAGAGGUAGUCCCCGACAGGAAGCUACUUCAGCGUGUUUUGGCCGGUGGUGGGGACUGGGACGGUUGUGGAGGGAUACGCCGCUGCGAGGCAACAGAUCUCUACCUGGACUUCUUCCUGGCACUCACGGUCUGCAACACUGUGGUGGUUUCCACAGCAACCACGGCUCGGGCCCAGAGACAGAGGGCUAGGGGGCGUCCGAGCCCUUCUCUUUUCCAGAGCCCCGGGGAAGUCCUCCAGACUGCGUUACAGAAGAUGUUCGUGUUCUCCAGGCUAUGCCACACCCUCAGCUCCUGGCAGCCAAUGACAGAGGAUCUGGACACCGACCACAACUCUGGAUGUCACCACAGCGCCGCUGGUGACCAGACCAGCCAUAGCAGCACCCAGGGGCACCAGUCAACGUCGGAAAUCGAUAUUUCUGCACAGCGAUGCUAUGUGGCGGAGAGCCCUGAUGAGGCGGCCCUGGUGCACGCUGCCAAGGUGUACGGCUUCAUGCUAAUUGCUCGUACCCCAAAUAGCGUAAAAGUAAGGUUGCCGCACGGAGUGGAACUGAACUACCAGGUGCUGGACACCUUAAACUUUGACCCCCACAGAAAGAGGAUGUCAGUGGUGUUGCGUCAUCCAAUCAGCGGAGAGAUAGUGAUGUAUACUAAAGGGGCAGAUUAUACCGUUAUGGAGCUUCUGGACUUCGAAAGGAGCCAGAAGAACGUAGCUGCUAGCACUCAAAGACACCUCAACUGGUACGCCAAGGAAGGACUGCACACCCUGUGUUUUGCAAAGAAAGUGCUCAGCGAGAGUGCAUACAAGAACUGGUCCCUGUUACGACAGGAAGCCUUGGCUGCCAUCGAUAACCGAGAGGAGCUCCUUAUGGAGACAGCUGUAAACCUGGAGAAACAGCUCACUCUGCUGGGGGCGACAGGUAUAGAGGACCGUCUUCAGGAGUGUGUUCCUGACACUGUCAUGGCCCUGAGAGAGGCAGGAGUCCGGUUGUGGGUUCUGACUGGGGACAAGGCAGAGACGGCCAUCAAUAUCGCUCACGCCAGCAGGCUCCUGGACCAGGAAGAUCUGGUUAUUCACAUGAACACCGAUGACAAGGCUGUGUGCAAAUCCAUUCUGGACAGAUCCCUGGAGGAGGGGAGACGGCAUACAAGACCAGGGUAUCCUGGCCUUUCCAUCGGGCUGGUGAUUGAUGGCCAUACGCUGGACAUGGCUCUGCAGUCAGACCUGGUGGAUCGGUUCUUGGAGUUGGCUCGGCUCUGUCGCUCUGUCCUCUGUUGCAGGGUGACACCACUGCAGAAGAGCACCGUGGUUAAAGUGGUCAGGGAAAGGCUGAAGGUCAUGACCCUAGCUGUAGGAGACGGUGCGAAUGAUGUGAAUAUGAUCCAAGCAGCCGACGUUGGCAUCGGGAUUUCCGGACAGGAAGGCAUGCAGGCUGUCAUGGCCAGUGACUUCUCCAUAUCAUGCUUUAAACACAUGAAGAAGCUUCUCCUGGUCCAUGGGCACUGGUGUAACAGCAGACUGUCAAACAUGGCAAUUUACUUCUUCUACAAGAACGUGACCUACGUGAACCUGUUGUUCUGGUACCAGUUCUUCUGUGGCUUCUCGGGCACGUCCAUGAUUGACAUCUGGCUUUUAAUCUUUUUCAACCUCUUCUUCACAUCCACCCCUCCCAUCAUGUUUGGAGUGAUGGAUAGGGAUGUUUCAGCAGAAACGUUGCUGGGCCUCCCAGAGCUGUACAGGACUGGCCACGAGUCAGAGGGAUAUAGUCAUUUCACAUUUUGGAUCGCAAUGCUAGAUGCCUUCUAUCAAAGUCUGGUGUGCUUCUUUAUUCCAUACUUGACUUACCAGGGUACAGACAUAGACAUCUACACGUUUGGAUCUUCAAUGAACACUGUGUCUUUAUUCAACAUCCUGCUCCAUCUGGCCAUAGAGAUCAAGAGCUGGACAUUGGUCCACUGGGUCACCAUGCUUGGCAGCGUGGCUCUCUACUUCACCGUGACUCUGGUCUACAGCGCUACAUGCAUCAGCUGCAACCCCCCAUCAGACCCCUACUGGACCACACAGCAACAGAUGUCUGAGCCCAUCUUCUACCUAGUCUGUGUCAUCACCACGGUAGUCGCCCUGUUGCCUAGGUUCACAUACCGUGUGCUGAGCAACACGCUGGCCCCCACCCCCCUCAUACGGGCGAGGCAUCUGGAGCGGCUGGACCCUGCCAUCCGGGAACAGUGGAUCAAGGAGUGGAGGGGGUUCAGAGGAGGGCCACAGGGAGGGCGGAGUUACCAGAAACAGACCCAGGAGCAGGAGCCUUCCAGAAUCACACCUACACUCUCCAUCACCAACAAUCACCUCGGAACCCCAACUCGGAGUGCAGUCCGGCACCACCACAAUGUUGAAUUGUGA